CGCUAUCCGACAAAUCACGCGAUCUAAGCGUUUGAAAACCACCAGAAGCAAAAUUUCACAAAAAAACUACUGCAAGCGGAGCCAGUACUCUGUGAUUAAUGUGUUCAGUAGAAAUAUAAUCUCCAUACAAGCGUUUAGAUGUGACGGAAACUAAUGAUAGCGCAGAGCAAAAGGUUAGUGUUUCGAAACUGAAAGUGUGAGCUAACCGAACUCCCUCCUUGAAAUUGUCUGCGUCAUUUGGCAAUGAAAUCCGCUUGAAUAUGAGAUUUCAUUUUAGGCCACAAAUGAAAAAACCUUUAUCUCAAUUUCUUUCUAUUCUGAUGAUUGCUGAGACAUCGCAGUCUGACUGAGCUAAAUUAACGCAUGUUGCAGGGAGCUGAUUACCAGCUGAAAUCGAUCUGCUUACAUGACCGCAAAAGAAUUGCAAGUGGGCCUCCGAGUGAGAGCUCCAAGUCAACCUUUGGAGGUAAGAGUUUGUGGAUUUUAUUCCAUACAUAUUGAGUUGAGUUUCAGUUUAAGCACGUUCUUUCUGUUUAUUACAUCUUGUAUUAAUCACAUUAAUACGACCUCAAGUGAAUCUACGCCGCGCUAGCAAGCGUUUUGCCCUCCCAAUUUUCUUUCGGAAGGUAGGGGUCGGCUGCUUACAGGCGAAAUUAAGCAUGAAACUUCAAAAAUACGUUCUUAAGGGUGAAGGAAAUCGCUCAUACAGUCGAACGAUCGGUUAAAUUUUACCGAGUUUGUCGAAAUCAUUCGACUAAAAUCGGGUCAUGUAGUUGUGCAACGACUAAAAUCUAAGUCUUGACAAAGUCCCAGCUAAUACGCGACAGAUCGCUUAUAAGCACGACUCGAUCAGAAACUAACAUAGCAUUAAGAUUCAGAUCACCCAGGAGUGCUAACCAAUUCGGUAUUUAAUGUUUGUGAAAAAAUCUCUGAGGUAAUUUUUAGCUUAUGUCAAGUUAACGAGUCUCAUUCUUAGCUUCGUGUGAAUUGUGCUUCGAUAAUUUGUUUAUCUGCUGCCACGUCGUUCUCGCGAGUCUCUACCCACAUAAUAGAUGGCAAUCGAAUUGUGGAAUAAGUUAUUAUAGGAGUGUAAACAUUUUAUUUCCAAUGUAAAAGGAGAGUUGUCGUGAGGACAUAGAACUUACCGUUGAUCGUGAUAAGCUGAAAACGAUAAGCUGGAAACCACUCCGCUUCACGUCGUGGUUUCCUACGCUUAUCUCGUGUUCUCCCAACCUCCCGCGUAUUUACAUCAGGCUAUGUAAACACGGAAACCAUUUUACAUUUCUUCGUGAUCAUAUAGAUUGUUUUGGUGGGAUUCUGAAUCCAAAGAAAUUCUUUUUUUCCCGGAUGCGAUCAACCUUUAACUUCUCAUUACAUUAUUUCAAUAUUUGAAUACAUUGUAAAACACGCUGGUGAUUGGAAUUAGGAGGCUAUCAGCCAAAGGGCCCGGAAUGCUGCCCAAAAUUCCCCUAAUUUGUAUGCAUGGAAAGUGUCUGACCGGCUAGAAGGGAGAAGUUUUACUCGGAUCUCUGUAAGAAAAGGCUCAUUUGAUUUUCACACUACGUAAUAUAUAUCUUCACGAUCACAGCCAUAUGUCACGCUUUUUUAAUGUCACGCAAAAGUAGAUUUGAGAAGCAGUUGGAAGCAAUUUCAAAGAGUAAUCAGUGUUCCAGAGGUAUUUAAAACUAAUUUAAUGUAAUACCCUUGCUAGCAUCGAGAUGUAACGAACAUUUUUGGAAGUGUAGAUAAAAAGUUGAGAUAUUAAAAUCGAACAUCAAACUUACUAAAAAUUUUGUCUGGGUCAGUUGGUUUUGAAAUCGGAUAUCUUAUUCAUUCUACCAGUGCUGAUUCAGGGAGACUAACGAACAAGCAGCAACCAAAUUUCUUGGUUAAAGAGUCAUUUACCUUUGCUCAAUUAACGAUCCAGUAUUUCUUCAUGGCCACCGCUGCAGCACCUUCGUUCCAUUCGACAAAAGAGACAACCAACUACGCUCGCUUAUGCAGGCUUCUGGUGGGUGUCAGUGCCCAUAUCUUGAGAGAGACAUUUGACAAAAGGCGUCCGCCAGGAAACCUGGAUACAGUUUUGUCUUGUCCUUCGAUUCAUCGAUUGCUAAAAUUACUCCGAAUUAAAAAAGUACUCAACCCUUCACAAUGGGACAAACUGUACCCCGCCAUCAAGUCUUCAGUUUCUUCAAGAAAUUUCGAUAUCACUCUACUGAUGGUCCUGCUAAGGAACAUUUGUGGUCUUGCUCCUCCGGUUACCGGCUGGGAUACACUUCCUCUCGCUACAGACACAACCCUUGAGGCAGAUUUCGCUCGUAUCAAGUGCUACAGAAACACAGUUUAUGGUCAUGCCAGCGAGGCCUCAGUUGAUGACGUAACAUUCAAUCAAUACUGGCAGGACAUCCAAGAUGCAUUGGUGAGACUGGGAGGAGCUGGUUACCAAAGUGCUAUUAAUGAUCUGAAAAAGGAAUGCAUGGACCCUGAUAUCGAAGAACACUACAAAGAGCUUCUUAAACAGUGGGUAGUAGAUGAAGUCAGCAUCAAAGAAAGACUGGAUGAAAUUGGUAAAAGCCUGGAUAAAUUAAAGGAAGCAAUCGUUAAUCCUAAAAAGAGAGCAGGAGACAAAGGUAUUGUGUCUUAGCGGUAAAGUCUGUGCAACGGCCUUUUGAUCAUUCUUGAGAAGAGAAACUUGAAGAGGAAGAUUGAAGGGCCUCUCAUCACAGGGUAUUAAGCAAUUUAACAAUCAAUUCAUUUUAGUACCAUAUGAAAUGCCUACCUUCAAAAAUAGCUCAAACUCGGAGAAAUAUCUUCCACUGGAACUGACCCUUUCCUCCCCACCCAAAAUUUGAAAAAGACUAGGUGUUGUCUUUUCCAUGCUUUUUCGGGCGAUGAAAGAGUUAUUUUUUAUUUUUGUUUUUGUUCCUCAUGCGAAAAAUAAAGAGAAUUCAUAGCUGAAAUAGGUUCCCUACAAAGAUUAUUUGCACCAAAAAACUGCCGUAAGUCUUACAGUAUUUACCUGGUCGAGUUCGUUGAAAGAAAGAGACGGAAAAAAAGCUAAAAUUUUAAAUGAACUGUAGACGAAAGGACGCAUUCUCUCCCCUAAGUGUACUUAGGCCUUACUUAAUCUCUAGCGUAAACACAAAACAAAUAUGUGUUUUCUGAGUCAAAAUUAGUUCCUCCCAUGCCGCAAAUUCCUGGAUCCGAAAUGGGUCGGUUAGUGUUGGUAAUCACAUGGUUUCGAGUACAAUUUAGGAUAAAACAGCACGAGUAAAUAUUUGAAAUGCGAACAAAUUACGCGAACCUGUAGGGCGAGUGCAGUUUGUAGUUUUUGGAAAAUUCACAAAUGCUGAUUUAUACCGAAUUGCACGGGGGGAAAUCAUGCGAUUACUUGUUAAUAAUAUACUAGCAGAAAUAUGACUCUGUUUUUUUUUUCGUGUCAUGGCUCACUGGUUCGGCCGCUUGCCUUUGCUUUGUGCUGAAGUAGUCGCGCUUUUCCCCAUGAAUUUGGUUCGAGCUUUUCAACUCACCGUCACGAACAAUCGGGUUUUUGUACUCUUUGUUUAUUAGGUAUCGGUCGACAGCAAUAAUCAGUACACCUAAGACAUCACACUCGUUAUCCUCCCCGUCUUUCUUACAAACUAUUGCGUAAAAUGCCUCGUGAAGUUUGUUUAGCGCCUCCGAUUCAUAUUUUUCAAUGCCCAAAACUUCCAAACUUUUGGCCAGUCGUUUUUGCUUUGUUUUGCAUUUUUAUAUUUGGCAUUCUUCCAUCAAAAACUGAAUUAAAAAGGUUAUUACCUUCUCGCAGCCUCUUCGCCACUUUGUUUUGUUACACUUUCGUGACUCUCCAAGUUAUCAAAUUACUUUCAUCUAUCUACAGUCAAUUUAAACUUUUUGUCCUCAAUCUUAACUUUGUACACUGUUUGGAGUUAAUUGACGUGUUCUCAGCCAAUGAGCGUUCUGAAAUGUUUGCAUGUAUAUUAUUAAAAAUGAAAUAAUUUAACAUUUACACCAACUCCUUGCUACGCUUUUCUAAUUUCUCGGUCAGAAUUUGAUGUCAAUUAAUAACGAAGGGACUCAAAAUUAACUUAAACUUUUCGGAAAGCCUUAUUAAAGGAAAACUCAGCUAGCGUGAUAACCAAUCGCGUUCCAAGUCAGGUAGGUCAAUGACUCUUCGUCGAGCAUUGAAAAAGUUCAGACAUGUAGGGUUUAUGAAAAUAAAUACAGGUAACGGUUUUCUUUCCAGCUGUUGCAGAAUACUCCGAUGCGUUGAAAGAAUCAAUAAAAAGCCAAACCGAGUACUUCGCUCAGGUUAGAUUACAUAAUCUUACUGACAUCAGUCCAAGACGCUACAUGUAUUUGAAGCCUUAUAUUCAAAUUUUAGUUCCCCCAUCAAGGUGGACCUUGAAUGGUUUACACAAGCUUCACCCUGGGUAGAGCAGCUAAUAAUGCUUAAUAAAAAAGCUAAUGCUUAAUAAUUCAUGUGAACUAGAAAAUAGAACUAUAUUUUUUGUAACUUUACAAAAAACUUUGCUUCUUUGAUUACUGAAUAUUAUUUUCCAUUAUAUGGCCUCAAAGUUCACUUAAAAAAUGUUAUUGAAUAACAUUCUUUUAGAGUUAAAGAUGUAAACCAAUUCCAAUUUACAUUAAGAAUGAUUUAGGCCCAAGCAAGCAACUGGUAUAUGUUUGAAUAGUUCUGACCACUUCAUUAGACAAAGUAACAUCAGGGCCUUGUUGUUACAUUUUUUUUCUUAGCCAUAUGAUGAAGAGUAUUUAAAGAAUCACAAACCUCCUAUCAAGCAUAUGUCUUUCCAUGCAUUCCUCAAAAAGAUGGGUGGAGGCACAGACAGGUGAGUUUUAAACAACUAAGGUUAAAGAGUGUGGGCAGAGGUUGGUCAUGAGAUUGGGCUGACUGUUUUGUCAUGUACCCUUGAUGUUAUACUUCCUAUCAGUUUAUCAGAAGAGAUAUUCUGUAUUUCAGAGGCAAGUUUACAGUACUGGAGGAUCCUAGCUGCAGGAUCAAACCGGGAUGCACAGAGCAUCCACCCUGGCCUGGUGGAAUUUGUACAAAGUGUCAGCCUGGUGCUAUUACACUAAAGAGACAAGUGAGUCUGUUUGUUGAUGGGCUGUCAUGGACUACAAUGAAAGCUCCCAUUGGUAUUUGCAGGAGCAGAGAUCCUAACAUAUCACAUGCUUGACAAAAACCUUGAUAGCUUCAAAACUUACUCUGCACAGUCAGAGCUUCCAGGGCAGCUACCCAUCCAUUUUUUACCCUGUGUCCACUAGCAAGGGUCACUUUCAUCAGAUGACUGAUCCAGUUUCCUUCAUUUUUCUUGACGAACAAAUUUUGACUUUCUCUCAGCACCAAAGCAGCUUUGUUGUAAUUUGUAGAGCAAUGUUAUUUUCUUUACUUUUUUUCAGGUUUACAGACACGUGGACAACAUCCUUUUUGAAAAUCCCUUCAUCGUGGAACCAUUUUUAAACUACUGGAGAAAGACCGGAAAUCAGGCAAGCAAUCACUUCAGAUCUUAAUGUUGUAAAUCUGUAUGGAAGGCAAAACUACUUUCAGCUUGGGUGGGGAAGGUGCAUAUUUUUGGUGCUAUCCCGCCCCCCACUCCCAUACCUACGGGAAUCUUGUCCUCUCCGUGGAUUGUCAUCUUUUGGCCCAGCGAUAUGACUAACAAACAUACAAACAUGACGAUCACUUAGGUGCGUUUAGAAAUGUUUCAUUCUAGCGAGUGUGAUACGAAAGAAAAAUUCUAAUAGCCCCGUGAGGAAAAUUGAGAUGUGCCAUACUCGUUCACAGAUUUGUCGAGAGUAAAUGUAAAGCGGUUGUAAAACCAAGGAUGACGAAAGUCUCUGCCUCCAAAAUUAUUUCUGUGGCGGAACACUGAACAGUCCCAGAGAUUGCCUGUUACAACUCCUUUGCCAAUUUCGUUUUUAGAGGCUGGGAUUCCUGUAUGGCCGUUAUGAGCUCCACAAGGAUGUACCCCUGGGAAUACGAGCUUCAGUGGCUGCCAUUUACGAACCCCCACAGGUAAAAAUAUCUUUAGUAAUCUGCUUCCUUUUUCUAAAGACCACCACCCAUUUCACCUGCCAAACCAUAGUUAAUAGAGUAGAAUGGUUAAGAAACCUCGCAGAUUUCAUAGUUAUGCGUUUAAAAUUCGUGAGAGUGCUAAACGGUGUUGAGAACUAAAUAUAAGGAAAUCUUUCUCAGGCCAAUUGGAUACUUUUUUGCUUUUUCUAGUUUCGCGUUUUGCUUUUAGCACUUUUCUUAGGCAAUAUUAUUGCCAAAGAAAAAAAAUGGUUUUUUGAUGUAAUUAAUCAAACGUUUAUGGUGAAGAAUAGUAAAACUCGGCACAAUAACUCCUGGCCCCUUUAAACAUUAGUUCUCUCUUCUCUUGAUAAAAGUUUGAGUAGCACGGGAAUAAUCCUUCAGAAUGAUACAACGGGGCGUGAACGUUGCAGUUCUUUGAUAAUAGUCAGGAAUUAUUGUUGAUGGAGUCUCUGUACAUGUGAAGUGUAAAAACAGACAUUGAUCUUUACAACACCAUCUUAGUUGAUCUUUGGUGCAUUUUUGUUAAGUUGUGUGACAACCACCAGUGGUCCUCUCAGUUGUCCUCUGUUAAAGUAAAGGGUUUUCGAAUUUACCUAAAUACCGCCAAAGUACUGUGUGGAAAAAAAAACCAUUGAGAUGGCCUUCUUCUCCACAACAAUUAAGUCGACUUCUUCACAACAAUUGUGUCAACUUUAUUUUAUAUUUACAGCCGUUAUUUCAGCUGUUUCAUUCUCGUGGUUUCCUCUUGUUCAUGAACUUGGUCCUGGGAGCCUGUUUAUGCAGAACAUGACAGGACCACGAACACGGCACGGUUUGACCUCGUGUUCCGCCUAUGCAUGUUGUUUAGUUUCUUCGUUUUUUUUUCCUUUCUAGGAAGGCACUCCAGACAGCAUUAAGCUCCUUUCAGACCCCUCCGAAGCCAUAGUUGACAAGCUGGCUGCUGAUCUCGGCCUUCAGAAAGUCGGCUGGAUAUUCACGGACCUCGUCGCUGAGGAUGUAAGAAAAGGCACAGUGAAGCAUCUACGGGAUAUAAACACACACUUUCUUACAGCUGAGGAAUCCAUCUUGGCAGGUCAAUUACAAAAUCAGCAUCCAUCACCGUGUAAAUUAUCUUCAAAUGGCAAGUUUGGAUCAAAGUUUUCCACCGUUGUUGUGUCAGGUAUGAGUUAGAGUCCAUUUUCAAAAUGAUAUUUGGGUCAACAAAGCUGAGCGAAAAGCAGCUGUGAUAAGUGUAACCCCUGCUAUAAUUGAAGUCCUGAAAGAGUUAGACAGAAUGAACAUCUGCUCCUAGGAUUAUCCUUUGGGGUUCUCUUUUUUGUCUUACCUCUAUUGUCCAGUGUUUUAUUUUCUUGUCAAUUUUUUUGUUUUCAUUCUUGCCACCUGAUAGUUCGCUAUGUCGUAAUAUUGCUUUCCUUACUAAAACUUUUCUGUUCCCGUAGUUUAGUUCAGCUCGCCACGGAUCAUUAUAUCUGAGAUUAGUCACUGUAGCGUGCAUGUGACUACCGACAAGAAUAAUUUGACAGCAUUUCUACAUAUUUUUCUUAACUUUCUUAGGUAACACGGAUAAUCAAGUUGGUUUUGAUGGUUUUCAGGUAUCGUUGUUUUAUCAUAUUUCGUGCUAAUUUAACAAACUGGGAACGGUUCUGCCUGCAAGCAGUCUAUGCGAUCGGAUUCCGCCACAACUAUUUGUAAGCGGAUCGUGUCAUAUCUACAGCGGUUUUACGAGAAUCACGGAUAAGUAGAAAAAUACAACAACAUUUUGAAACAAAAAAAAAACUUAACGGCAGUUCGUAGCCAGAAUAAUUUUUGAAUAAUUGAACCAUUUUAUCAUUUGACCAUCCUUUCUUUCUCUUCCUACUUUUCUUCUUCCAUUCUGCCUCCUGCCGGGGGCCAUACGCUGAACCGUGCGCCGUUUGCUGGUCUUUGUUGGCACCUUUGCGUAUGGCCCUCGUACGUCCUUUUUUAUGUUUUUCACUAAAGCGCGCACCAGGCCCCACGAGUCAUAGUUUAAUCAUAUCUACUCAAUAUAUGUUUCACCUUGUACUCCCCUCAGGUGUCCAAUCAGUGUAUGGCGUUAGUUCGUGACGACUGCCUGGUACCUACUAUAGACGAACCAGGUCUCGGCUACGUCCGGGAAUCUUCGAGCGAUCAAUAUGUCCCGGAUGUUUUCUAUAAGGUGGGUACCAAGCACGAGCUCCAUUGCGACAAAACUUAGUCCGUGACAGUUUAUUUUUCUGUUUGUAUAGGUAAUCACAUGAUUUCGAGUGCAAUUUUGAGUAAAUAACCACGAGUAAAUUUUUUUAAAGACUAACAAAAUUGCACAUUUUUGCAAAUAAUUUUGUGUUCUUUGAAAAAUUAACGAGUGCUUGUUUAUUCUAAAUUGCACGAGAAAAAUACGAGAUGGCUUAUCAUAAUUAAGUAUGAGCAAAGCGCGCGCACCAAGUGCAAAAAUAAUUUAUUCAAAUCGUGCGUUCGUUCAAAACAACCGCGUACGAUCAAGACAGUAAUACGCAAUGAUUUCUUCACCUCUUUAAGGCGCAAAUAAGUUCAAAGUACGGCUAAACAGUUCAAGGAAUUGUUCAGUCUGUGUCCGAAUCACUUUCGAUGAAAUGGAAUCGUCGUUUCCGAGGUUUUGCCAUGUUUGUUUUUAAUUUUGGCGUUGGAUCGCUCGAGCAAAGUGUUAAGCUGGGUCAGCUCGUAAUUUUCAAUUUCCUUGGCAAUUCCCUUCUCUAAACACCACUUUUUCUAAACCGACAACCAAAAAGCAGUGCUUUUUACAGUGUUUUCGUUGUUUGAGCUGUUUUUCAGCUGCGGUGGCGAAAGAAAACCUACUUAAAACGCCGGCCAUUGUUUCGCUCGCAAAUUUUCAAAUUUUGUUGCGACAUCCAAGGCUCGCAUUUGAUUGGCUAUCUGUGAGUUUCUUUGAUUAUUGACCAAUCAGAUUGUCUGAUUUGUUACUUUCUUUGCACUGAAUUACCUGAAAACUGCAUUUAUCUUAACCAAUCAGAACUGAGUAAUUUGUCCAUGUAUAUUAUUAGCUUAUUUAUUUGUGUUGUAUUUCCAGACUGCUGACUCGUACGGUAAUGAAGUGACUCUUUUAGCUCGCCCUAUGCCUAUAGAAUAUCUGUUAGUUCAGGUGGGUACAUUUCACCUUUUUUGUGUAUUUUUGUUUUUGAAUUGUUUUCCUUUAUUUGGCAUACUAUUGGAUGAAUAACAUGAGUUACUUAAAACAAGAAGCACUUAAACGUGUAAGUGAACAUACUGUGGCAUGUUUCUUUUUCUUAGUUUCAUAGUUUAGAUCUCUUUGUUUGUAUGUUUGUUCCAUUUUGUUGUUUGUCUUUGUUGGUAUGUUAAGUCCUCUUUUUUUUAAUUUAUGUUUUGUUUUUUUCCAGGUGCCGACUGCUUUUCCUGUAGAACCUCAGUUUACUUUCUCCAAUCAAACUCAGGGAGAACCUUUUCCGCUAGAGAACCGCUCAAGUAUGGGAGAAGUUCAGGUAAAAACGUUAUGAGCAGUUUUAAUACUGCAAAGGUAUCCCACAUGUGGUUGAAGUUAUAUAAACCCAGAGAAUAUGGUCUGACAUUUUAACUGUUUAGUGCUGAUUGGUGAUGAGAUACGGAGAGGUGUCCAUCAAAGCCGGUCACCGGUGGUCUACCGCUACAUAUCAGACCUCUUCCGUCUGUUCAGCCUGUCUAUGAGUUUCGCCUUAAGCCUCUUUUCCGGGUACAACAGACUGUUACACCAUCGGCAGCCGCACCUGGAAACGUGACGAGAGUACAGUACUUUGACUGUUAACAUCACGAAGUAUCCAACCAUUGCUAUCCACCGUUGCUAUCUAAUUGAUAUUGUGAUGGAAGGCGUGCAUUCAAAAAUAGCGGUAAAAUGGACAAGAACAGCUCACAACGAGCCAUAUCUGAGUUGCUUGGGGGCAUCGUUAUAAAAUGUGGGCCUUUUUGCUCUAACUAUAUACUUGCAGAGGUGUUUAGUUUCAUAAUAAAGGUAUUUUUCAACCGUUGUUUGCUAUGUGAGGUAAAAAUUGUACUUAUCUCUGUACUUCAGUGCAAUUCGUAUAAUUCUGUGUUUUUUUUCUUUUCCCUUGUGUGCAGGAUUUUCACGCUUUAGUGAGAUACUUAAACCAGUUCCCUCCUGAUGAGUUCCUACCUACUAUGUCCAAUUUUCACCUCUUAGUUUUUCUGGCAACUUCCGACAUGCUUCCUUUAAAGGUAAUGUUCAUGUGUUGGCUUCGAGCCUGUGAUGAGAUCACAGCUAAUGAAUUGCAACGAGAUGUUUUGUAGCUAAAAUCUGGUUUUGGCGUCAAGUCGAUUAACAGUAAAGGGAAGCUUUUAAUUCUGUCCUGGAAAAACCCAGGGCCGGGUUGUUAGUGUGAAAUCUGAUUUAAGAUCUGAAAGCUUUUAAAGAAAAUUCAGUCGAAUUUCUUUUUGUCUCGAAUAUGACUAUUUGACGCUGUGAAAAGAAUACAGAAAAUUAUCCCAAAAAAGGCUUUUGAACUAAGCAAUAGAGAUACAGAUAGCAAUUUAACCGUGGGUUAGCGCUAAUCGGCCUUCGAACAACUGGGCCCAGAACCAUAGCAACUGCAAAAGGCAAGUGGAACAUACAGAGGCCACAAGAUAAGCCAGUAUGAACUGGCAUGAUGAACACAAUGGCAAGCUCUAAGCAGGAGGAGGAUUUGGCUGUAAACUUGAUCAGAGGAUUCUGACCACUCACAAUGCAGCUGAACCCUUUACACCCUAACAUCAGUAUGCAUAUUCUCCAUACUGUUCUGUAAACAUUUCCUAAGAUGCCGACAUGGAGAAUUUGUCCAACAAUCAGGAGCUUCUUAAGUUGGUGAUCAGCUCCUUUAUUCUCCUGACCUUAAUGUUUGAUUCAGGCGUGAUGUGGUAAGGAGAAAUUAGAUGCCAGUCACUCUCAGGGGUUCAAGGGUAAAAAAGCCUGAAUCGAUUUGUAGCUUGUACAACGGAGGGAAAAAUCAGCCAGGCUCGAUUCUAUUACUUUUUCUCGUAAUAAAUUUAUGUUGAGGUUUUCAUGUCUAACUUUCGUUGAUAAUUUAUGUUGUGGCAGGAUCACCUAGGAGAUCUGUGUACGGCGAUCAGAAACAAAGAUGCUGAAUUGGCUCGGCGCUGGAGUAAAAGUGAACAGUGGUGCACAGUGAUACAGCUUAUGCAAGCUGCAAAUGGUAAAAUUAUUCCCUCAAUAUCUUUUUUUCUUUAACAUUAAUUUCUGUCCCUUUUUUUUUUUUUUUUUGUUUGUUUUUUUUUUUUUAAAGUUUUGUUUAUUGAAUUCACCCAACCUCCAGAGAGAGGGUCCAUACGCUGGUAUUGAUUGGUUAAGUUUUUUUUUUACUAGUUCAACAACUAUUUUUUUUAACAGUACAAUGUUAAUAAAAUUGGAACCAAGCGCCUGCAGUAUAUUCUUUUUUUUUUGUUUUGUUUUGAUAAAACCAAAUUCCAUAUUGUUAUUUUAUUUUCCCUUUACAAAUUAAGAUAUCAUAUCAGGCAUCUAUGCUUACGGUUAAAAUAUUUCCUACCCAGCCCCCUCGCCAGAGCCACGAGGAUCAGGGGACGUGGACAUGGUUGAUAUGUCCCAUUCCCCAAGUGGUGCAGGCUGGUCGUGCAAGCACUGUACGUUUAUGAACCAACACGGACACGAGAACUGUGACAUGUGUGGCUUGCCUCAACACUGAGAAAAGUGAUUAAAAGUUUGUUGGAAAUCAUUAUUGCUAAAAGUCAAGAUGAAGCUGCAGGACAGACAACAAGGCACAGAAUUCAGAUAAUUGUCUAGUUCGGCUCCGCUGAACAUAUUUUGGCUUUUUGAGAAGUUCCGCUAAGAACGUUUCUAUUUUAUCGCCAGCGGAAUUGUUAACGACACCAUUGAAAAUACAUCUCUACUUCUCUACACCACAUUUAACUGAAAAAUAAUUUCUGAUACCAGCAGGCGAAACAGCGCGUGCUGAAACCAA